UAUUUACGGGACACGAAGAAGCCAGCAGCCGCCGCAGCAAGAGGGGGAGGAGAGGACGAUUUGAACGGUUCGUCGUGUGAGAUAUGUGCUGGCGUUGGUGCGGUGUGUUGUACCUAUCGUACAUACAAUUUAGUAGCGACUGAAACGUCGCAGCGUAAACACGAGAUUAUGAGCCCUCCACAGAACGCAUAUACAAAUUAUAUUAGGUGUAGAGUGUCCCGAGAGUGAAUUAUAUAGAAGAAGAAGGCACUACUGCGAGAGACCCGUGUGAUAUUUCAAAUUAGUUAACCAUCGAUCACGGUUGUCCGGUGUGCCGAGUGAGAACACACCUUGCUUAGUCGAUUCCGAUUCCGGUCGUAAGUGAAGUUUCCGAUCGUGUGAGAGGGUUCGCGACGCGUCGAAUAAACCCGCGCGUUGAGUCAAGGAAACUGUAGUGACCCACGAAAACAUUGAGCGCCGAGCUGAACAAAGAGUCGCACACCUUUCCCCCUGGGGUACUCCGUGUAGUGACGAGACAAAGGAAUACAAAGUAGUGGCACUGUGCACAAAGUUUCACUUUAGUUGUUUUGGAAAAACCAAGGAAGACCAACGACAACGAAAUCUAAUGACAAAAGCCUGUACAACAACGCAGUAAUAACAACAACAACGAAGACGCCCACAAAGGUGAUCCUUGGGUCAGAGUGUGAUUGAUCUUGUUUACUGUUCCUACACCCGUUCUAUGCGGAAGAUAUCGAAGAGACAGCUUUGCGCUCGUGAAAAAGUGUGCGUAAAUCGUCGAGAACGUCGCCGCAAGAUGGAGCCGAACGGAAGUGAAGCAUUAAACAUUGAGAUUAAAUAGUGGAAGCCAGUACUAAUCGCAAUGGAUUGAUUGAUUAAGAAAAGAAGCAUUCUAGUGAUCAGUCGAAAACGCAACGAAUUCGUUCAUUUCUUGAUUUAAGUUUCAUUUUCUGUUAUAUUUAUCCGAUGCAACACUCGUUACAAUUCAUCAAGUACGAUUGUGGGUGAGCCAUUGUGUGAAGUGAGUGAGUUACAAUCGAAGAAGAAAACAGAAGAAAGUGCAAAACAUAGGCGGGAGCGCAGCCCACACCGGUUCCAAAUGUUGUCUUGCCUGGUGCCGCCACGUUUCGGACAAGAAGACAGUGUCAUGCCGUCAUCCGCCACGUUCGCCCUGCAGUUUCCAGCAUUGGCAUCCGGACUACCAAAAGAUGAUGAGAGCAACACUCCACAGGCGGAUUGCUUCCUCCAGUGUCCGCAGUGUCACCAAACGCUGCAGGGUUUUCAGGCACUAAAAACGCACAUAGACACCGUGCAUUCCAUGAUUAAGCAGGAGCAUAGCUCGGCGACGCCCUCCCCGCCACUGUCAGCAUUCUAUCGGCAAUCGUUCCAACCAAUAGGUACUUCGCUUCCAUCGCCUCCUGCCUCCACCUCUGCUCUAGACAGCAGCCACUGUAACGAGCCAACCUCGCUGGCGACUAAUGGCAGAAGUAGUAGUAGUAAUAGCAACAGCAGUAGUAGCAGCAGCAGUAGCAGUAGCUGUAGUAGAAGUACCUCGGCAGGUGGUGGUCUCAGUGCCGCCACUGCUGCCGCAAUUGCUGACGAAGGUGGGCGGUCUAUUAGUCCGACGUACAGCAACAGCAGCAGUAUUGGUGGAGGAAGCAACUGUGGGGUCGGUGGAGGCCACGGCAGCAGCAGCAACGGUGGAGAACCCUACGCAUGCUUACAAUGCUCCGCCUCAUUCCCAAAUCGUGACUUACUUGAGAAACAUGAGCUGAUGCAUGUACCUAAUGCUCUGGUGAGCUGCAAGGUAUGCCACAAGCAGUUUGCCAACGUGUACCGUCUCCAGCGUCACAUGAUCUCCCACGACGAAUCGACGCUGCUGCGUAAAUUCAAAUGUACCGACUGUGAUAAGGCGUUCAAAUUCAAGCAUCACCUGAAGGAACACGUGCGCAUACAUUCGGGUGAGAAACCAUUCGGCUGCACCAACUGCGGCAAACGGUUCUCCCAUUCCGGUUCCUACUCGAGCCACAUGACGUCGAAGAAAUGUAUUAGCAUGGGGCUGAAACUGAACAACAACAAUGCUACCGUGGCGAACAAUAAUAACAGCCCUCCGGGAAGUGGAAAAUCUGACAAAACUGGUCGACGAUCGGGAUCCUAUCUUCCCGGAGGUAGCCCGGCAGCGGCAGGACUAUCCAAUGGACAGCUGCCCAACGGUCAAAAUGUUAGCAACGGCUCCAACUCCAAUGCAUUUUUUCCCAUGCUGCAUCCGCCAAACUACGAAACGGCUGCCCUGCUGGCCUCGUUCAAUCACUUCUAUCCCAUUUCCGCUCUGAAUCCGAGCAGUGCCGCCUUCAGUCCUUACAGUAUACAGCGUUUGCUUGAAUUGUCGGCAGCUGCUGGCUCAGCUCCCGGUGCAGAAUCAAUGGAGUCACUGAUUCUCAAAACUCAACAGCAAUUCAAUGCCACUCUCAAGUCGGACAUGGGCAGAAGAUCCAAAUCACCGAGCGUCCAUUCCGAUGCGGAAGACAUGAUCGAAGAGGUCGCAGAAGAGGAGGAACCGAAACUCGUGAUGGACGUCGACGAUGAAGACGACGUUCAGGAAGAUGAUGAAGAUUCCGACAAGAAAGACAUCAAAGUGGACGAAGAUGACGAGGAAGAGGAGCAGAAGUUUCCAAUCGAGCGGCGUUCCACCCAGCCUUCACCGGUUGUCGUCGAACAUCAUCAUUCUGCGAGGGCUGAGGUCUCAUCGGAGAAUGAUUACCGUAAUAUUUUCGAUGAUGUAAAACAGAAAAUACUCGAUGCAGCUCAUCGUAUGUCCGUCGGAGAACAGGUAGCACAUAGACAAUCGACACCGGUAAAUGCGAGUGGUGGUGAGCAGAUUAAAACGGAACGACCGGAAUCGAUGUCAUCCCCGGAACUUAAUAUCGAUAUUGAUCAUCGCAGCCCUAGUCCUGUGCAGGUAUCCUCUCCUGUACCACAAAUCAAACAGGAGUACAAGGACGACGAGGAAUCGGAUAAAAUGGAAGAUAAGUCUUCCAUCCUCCAGUGUCAACAGUGCCAAGCUACCUUCAACCAUCAGGCGGAAUUGAUUCAGCACGAACAGGUAUUGUGUCAAUCUCUGCUGUUCCAGAAACAGAUGGCAGCCGCAGCUGCUGCUGCAGCAGCUGCAAACAACUACUUGCCACUGAACAGUGGCAGCGAAGAUGACAUGGAUUUCGAUGGUUCCAAAAUAUCUUCGGAGCGUAGUGGGAAAGUUCGUGUACGAACCGCUAUCUCCGAAGAACAACAGAACGAACUCAAAAAGUAUUACGCCAUGAACAAUAAGCCAAAUCGGGAAGAAUUCCAGAUGAUUGCCAAGCGCGUUGGCAUGGAGGCUCGGGUUGUGCAAGUGUGGUUCCAGAACAACCGAUCGCGAGAAAGAAAAAUGGGAAACCUUCCCAUCACUCGCGGCCCAAUACCAACUGAAAGCACCGGACCUGUGCUGUUCCCAACGGACGCUCCUGCAGCCAUUCACUCUUCGGAAACCGACCAACCGCUAGACCUGUCUGUCAAGAAAACUGACUCCAUCCCCUCCAGCUCACCACGGUACGGAACGGCUCCUCUCACGCAACCGGAAACUUCUACCUUGCUGGACGAAGCUAUGAAUCUCAGUGUAAAGUCAUCUCGUAGUUCCACGCCCUUCAAGGGAUUCUAUCCGUACAAUCAAUUCUCCACCGACAUGAUGAUCCGUCAAACACCCUCUCCGAACGAAGCCGCAUCCCACCCACGCCAACAACAGAUACGCCCUCCAGUCGUCACUGGCUAUCCACCGUUGGCUCCAGCAGCGACCGGUUUCGUUGGUAUGGAUCGUCUUCUGCAGCAGUUUUCUCCGGAACUGGCACGGCCACCACACCGAGCGGAUAGCCUGAGUCCCGGAGCGGAAAAACGGGCGUGGCGUGAUUUGGAACAGUACGAAGCCGCCGUUAAACUGCACAGUCAAUCACCGUACGACGAACAAAAACUGCUACACAUGCAAUCAAUGCUGAACGUUCCCAAACGGGUGCUCUACUCGACGGCCAACACCGGCAAGGAGCAACCGGACGCCGAAGGCCAGUACGUGUGCGAUCAGUGCGAUAAGGCCUUCAACAAGCACAGCUCGCUCCAGCGGCACAAGUACGAACAUUCAGGUCAGCGUCCCUACAAGUGCGUCGAGUGUCCAAAGGCCUUCAAACACAAACACCACCUGACGGAGCACAAACGGCUGCACAGCGGCGAGAAACCAUUCCAGUGUUGCAAAUGUCUCAAACGAUUCUCGCACUCGGGUUCCUACAGCCAGCACAUGAACCACCGAUACUCGUACUGCAAGCCAUACAGGGAAGGUAAAUAAGAUGAGGAUCAGGGGCGGGAAGUUCCGUCCCCAGCCGUCGCCGGUGGUUACUCACCAAUGACGGCUGCCUCAGCGCUGUCUCACCAUCCGCCACAGAACCGACCCGGCAGACGCGGCCGUCGGCCAGGAUGUACUAGUUCGCUAGUUUUUCCUGGACCACCGCCACCUCCGCCGCCUCCGCCUCCGCCGCCGCCACCUUCGAUGGGAGGACCACCGCCUACUGUGCCAUUCCAAACCUCGAUACCGCCAGUUUCAUACUUUGAUCGACGCCUACUUGUGGACAGUUAUCUCAACUCGAGCUUCAUGGGCUACGGCAGUGGAAUCGGUGGAGUACAUUAGAAAAGGCAAACAAACAACAUUAUGUAUAUAACUGCUCCAUCGAAAAGUUGUUCGAACUUUUUCGAUAACUUGAUUUAGUUAGUGUUGAUUAUUGGUUAAUAAAUUCAUUCGCGGUAUUUUCGGCAACAAACAAGGCAAAACGAAUGAUCGUACUUAAAAAUUGAAAACUUCAAAAUCAACAGUGAACUGAUCCCAGUUUUAUUAUAUUUUGACGCACAUCGCUAGUGACCCAGUCAGUGUCACGGGGCGUUGAGGUGUUAAUAGAAGCUGUGCAUUUAAAAUUUCUUAUCGAUCCUCGAGAGACCAACCCUAUACAGUGUUGAUUGUCUCCGGCUAUACUCUUCUUAUGCCUACAUAAGAAAGGUGAAAAAGGUAAAACUCUUAAGCAAGCAACUCGAAUCUCAUUCCUUCGCUAAGGUUUAUUUGUGUAGUGUCUAGAAUUUAGCCUGUUACGACUCUCGGAUUACUUAUUUUUUGCUAACUGAUAAGUGAUUUAGCGUUUAAGCUGCGUGUCACUGUGUGAUGAAAAAAAAACUCACGAUGUGCACAACCUGUAAAAUACUCACGUGAAUUCAGUUGCCAUAAUGAAGGAAAAAGUGUUGAUUUUAUGCCAAACAUGAAAACAACUAUUGCAAAAAAAAACAAAUAAACAUCAUUCAAGGCUGGGUCUAGCAAUUAUUCUUUUAAUUUUAUGUUUUAUUUCAAAACCUAUGGAAAUACUCUAGAUAAAGAAAAGAAAUCAGAAAAAAAAUAUAUACGCAUUUUUGGACCACACGGUGUUAACAAGACAAUACAAUAAAGUAAAAUUUAACCUUUGAAACGAAUUGACAACUAAUAUCUCAAACUUUCUAUUAUACUACAAAGUACACUUUUCCCCAUACUUUUUCUUCCAAACGAUAAAUAUCUAUCCUAUCUAAAGUAACGGAUGAAAACGAAUCCCUUUAACUCCUUCCUUAAAUACGGAUAAAAAAAUAAUCAACGAUCAGAAAAUUGUAAAGAAAUUACCCAGAACACUAAACGAUUCAGACACCAACCGCUUGCAUUGAUCAUCUUCAUCACCAAAUGGUUUCAGCAACCCCCAUCGACGCAGCGGCCUUCGCUGCCAGAAUAGGGUUUGAAUCAAUUGUCCGCUUGCAGCAUGUAAUGUAAACACGUUUGGAUAAUUGCUAAAACGUAAACUAAUAAGUAUAUCUGUGUAAAUACUUGCAACAACGCCGAGCAACGUUUUGUUUUGAGUAGCAAAAUGGAAACUAUAGCAAGACUAAGGUUAUCUCAUUGUAAAAUAUGUAAUAUGUUAAGCUGUAUUAUACAUUUAUAAGACAUAUUUGACGUAAGAUGCUGGUUGAAGAUAUGGAAAUAGUACAUCGAGUUAUAUUGUAAUCUUUUUUACAAAAUACAGUCUACAAAGAAAUCAAUGAACAGUAAAACCGAGCGAACAACGAAACUGUUAAUUUAGCAAACGUAUUGUCACAGCCCACGGCGCUAACACGCGCGUUGCUGAUGACGCAAAACAAGUGUCUUUUGAAUUAACAUUAACUUGAAUUACUAUUUUUAUUAUUACUACUGAAUAUUAUUAUUGAGCAUUAUUUAGUUAUUGAAUUAUGACUUAAGGAACGUAAGUGGAAAAUAAGAAAAUAUUAUAUUUAAUAAUAAAGUAUUGUUAAAUAUUUCUACGAAUAAUCAUAAAUUCAAGCGUAAAAAAUUCAAAACAACAAAACUUAAAAAAUAACCAUUCCAGUAAAAAAAAAGAAAAGAAAAUGAACUAAAGGAAGCUGAUUGAUGGGAAAGUUCUCGAAAAAUACAUUCUUUUCCCGAGCGAAAAGUUUCUCACUACUUUAGGCAAAUUACAACAACAUAUAACGAAAACGUGUAACUAACAGACAGAAUAUAAAAGAAAACAAAUUGUAAGGAGUUGAUCUUGUUACCAGACAAUAAUAUAAAAUUAAUAACGAAUGGAAUGCCACAAUGAAUUCAAACUCCGACUAGCCAGCGUGUACGUGCCAAUAAUAGCCAGAACGCGAACCCCCGACACAUCGAGCAAAGAGAAACGCUUAACACACGAAUGCUUCCCACAUUUGCCACGUGAGGGCAGUCGCACAUGCGCUAGUCGUGCUCUCGAUACAUUCUCGCGCUAAUUUUAGCAAAUUUUUGCCUUAUUAUUGAUUUAACUUAUAUAUGCUCAAAAUCUAUACUGCAUAGAUCCCUCUCCCUCAUUUCAUUUCCGCACAAACGGCAAGGUUUCCUAAACAACGAAUUUCUCCCAAAUUUCAGCGCUCACUUUAAUGAAUGAAUCUUCUUCGAUUGCUCUUAAUAGGUCAUAAGGAAAUGUACAUUUGAUUUCUCUUCGAUUAAAGUAACCAUCAUAAGUUUGUACAAAAUGAAAUUAUAGUUUCAUAAUUUUCGGUCCCAAAGCUAGCAAUCCAAAGAAUUUCGUGCUCUUCGUUUAAUUUUGAUAUUUGUUUUCAAAAUUUCCUGUACAGAUUUAUCAAACAGAGCUAUAGCGAAAACGGUAGAAUCGAUGCCAAAAAAAAUUAUACUUUUCUAGUAGAAAUAAGUUAAUUAGGCUUCAGUUAGAACGUAAGCAUACGAUUUUCUUAGUUGCCCGUUGACAAUUGUAUUAAAUUUAUACAGAGGUUUAUAAUUUCUUCCAAAGAUUACUUUCUUUCUAUUAUUAGUGUGCAAUUUGUGCCAAAAACGGAACGGAACGAUGUUUUCCAAGACAGGAUGAAAGAUGUUUCUAUCAAAUGUCCCCUUAGUUUUUACUAACACAAGAAAAAUUUGCAACAUGGCGAGAUAUCCAGCAAGGAAUCAAAAGCAUGCUUGAAUGAAAAUAACUCGAAAGAAAAGUUACUUGGUGAAGAUGUCAUUCAGAAUUAAGUGAAAAGUGGAAACAAAAAGUAUGUCUUUAAGUAUAUGAAAAAUUUAAAAUAUAUUAUAUAUACAAAAAUAAAAUAAUUAUGAAAAAUU